CACUCUGCAAGACAACCUAACCUCCGUUGCGUUUUGUCGUUGGCAGCAAGUUGGCACAAAAUUAUAUUUUAAUAAAUAAAAAAAUAAUGACCCUGCGGUGCUACGUGAAACAUUGUAAAAAAAACAAUAAGGAUAACAAAGAUGUAUCCUUUUUCCAACAGCCGAAAAAUCCUGAACUGCGAAAGAAAUGGCAGGAAUUUGCUAAUGUGCAGGGAGAUCCUCCAAAUCAUCUCCGUAUUUGUUCGGAUCAUUUUGAGUCAAACUGCAUCAGAAAAAAGUACCCAAGGCCACUGCUUGUUCAUGGAGCGAUACCUACCAUUAAGACUCAUCACAAGUCUUCAUUCGCAACAGUCAUCAAAUGUCCCGAGGACAAAGUGGAGAUUUAUAGACCGGCCCUCGAAGGAAAUUGUUUUCAUCCAUCGAAGAGAGGCAUAGUUGUGGAUAUACAAAAAUCAACUGCAGAACAACCAGCAAUAAUUACCAUUGAAACUAACGAUAACAUUAAGAUUGUGCUAUCAGAUGAGGAAGAAGAUGAAAGACACGUGGCUGAAAUAAAUCCAUCCUUUUCGCCCAGCACCAUUCCCAUGUCCAUUGAACUAGUGCCAAUUGCUUCAUCGACGUUAAUAGAGAAAAACACAUCGACAUUUUCCACUGAAAGUUUUGAAGUCUCUGAAGUCUUUACUCCAACACAGAUUUUCAAUGACACGUUAAUACAGUUGCCAGAACAGGAUUCAGAUUUACGAACGCCAGCAAUACAUUUAGAAUCAGCAUCACCCUCAGCAAGUAUAACUCUCACACCAAGAAAAAUUUCAACCAACCAUAUACAUUCAAACUCACACUCACCGUCAGUAAGAAUUACUUUCACACCGACUAAAACGUCUUCGAGUCUAACACCUAAGCCCUCCAAAUUAUUUACGCCAAAAGCUUCCUUAGAUUUGACCCCUAAGUCUUUACGACUUAAUGCUCAAAAACGAACAAUAAAAGCUUUACGUUCUAAAAUUUAUCGAUUACAGCGUGAUAAAAGAAAGACAAUUCCACAAAAGUCAGUAGAAAUUGAAAAAAUAAUUACGCAAUCCGCCAGAUAUUUAUCAAAAACAGCGCAAACAUUAUUCGCAACUCAUUUACGUUUAUCAUGUGUUAAAAAUCACGAAAAAGAUAUAGCGACGAGUUUAAAGAUCUCGCAUUGUCUAUUCUGUACCAUUCGCCAAAAGCUUAUAGAUUUCUAAAAAAAAUUAUUAAUCUGCCAUCAGAGAGAACUCUCAGAGAAUAUCACAAAAAUGUCCAAUUUACGUAGGAAUUAAUGAAACAGUUUUGUUGC